AUGCAGUGUGCGUGUGUGUUUGAAGGAGGGAACAGGAGAGAAGGUCCUGAUGGAAGGAGAACUCACUAUGGAACCUGGAGCCCGGACACUGUGUAGUGGUGAGUACACACACACAUCAGGAACGGGCAUUUGAAAUUAUUUCACUGUUCAAAUAAUAUCAUUAAAUUUUUUGGGAUAUCCGGAUAGUCGUAAUUCUAAAAAUAAAAAUAAUCAUUGCCAUUGACUCAAAUGCUGAGGGCAGUACAAUAGCGGAGUGUUCUAGUACUUGAAUCGGACUCAAAUCACCAUUUUCGUGACUAGGCCAGCGGUGACUUUGUUGUCAGGAGAUCUCUCCUUUGCAUAAUUCAACAUACUAGCUACAACAGCAGAUAUUAAAGCUGCAAUAUAUGACUUUUUGGGCGAAAUCCGUGACUAGGCCUGUGGUGACUUUGUUGUCAGGAGAUCUCUCCUUUGCAUAAUUCAACAUACUAGCUACAACAGCAGAUGUUAAAGCUGCAAUAUAUGACUUUUUGGGCCAAAUCCGCAUAGAAAUCUGUGUUAUAGAUCUGUCAUUCUCAUUGAAAGCAAGUCUAAGAAGUGGUAGAUAUGUUCUAUAUGCGCUAUUUCUAUCCUUCCCAUUCUUGAGUUUAGUUUUUGCCGUCUUUUACUUUCGGUUAUGUACACCAGCUUCAAACAAUUAAAAAAUAUAAUAUAUGAUUCUCUACACUAUACUUGCUUGUUUUGUCACAUAAACUGAAGUUAGGCGAACUAUUCGAAUUUGAGCAACCAGGAAAUGGUGGCGCGAUUUCUGCAUAUUGCACCUUUAAAUAGCUCUAUUAUCUACUUAGCCUUACACAAAUGUGCAACACUAAUGAAAUGUAGCUUAAAAAUGGUUGGACAGCUACUUUUAGCACUACUGAGAGACUUGUGACUUGAGUAUAAAGGACUUGGACAUGGACUUGAACACUAGGGACUUGAGGUUUAGUGACUUGACUAGAUAACUGUAACAGCGGACAUGCUGCUUUUUCUUUUACUAACAGUGAACGAGAAGUCUGAUGUUUGCCAUGAUAGAAAUGAUACAAGAUACAUUGAUCUGUGUUAUGUCCUCCGUUAGGUGCGCACCUGUAAUCGCUAUAUGAAGAGGGGAAGUUAGCAUACUGUUGUCAGGGCUGACUGGAGGGCUAAAUGCCUAGCAGUAGCUCAAGCGACAUUCAAAAGUUUGUUGUUUUAUUAAAAUUAAGAAUUUCAAAUAUCAUGGUAUAUCCUUGUAUGUAACAAUGUCACAAUGAUAAUUUAAUUAAGACAAAGCUUUUUAAUUGAUAAAAAAUAAGAAUACUCGCGUCCGUUCAGAUAUUCAAAUAACCGUGCCCAUCCCUAACACGCACAUGCACCGAUAGUCGGACACACACCUACAAAUAUGAAUAGACUCUAACACACACUCUCCCUCUCUCUCUCUUGUCUGUAGUUGUCUCUCAUUAAGAGUGGUGAGGUGUGGUGGAGUGCGGUGUUGAAGGGAGAGAAGGAGAUUGAUGUGAACCAGAUCAACAGGGAGCGCUCCAUGGCCACGGUGGACGAGGAGGAGCACGCCGUGCUGGACAGACUCACCUUCGACUACCACCAGAAACUACAGGGCAAGCCCCAGAGCCACAAGAUGGUGAGAGCACACGAGCGGGCACACACACGGACGCGCGUACAUACGUAAGCACACACACAUACACUACCAUCCAGAAACGAACCAAGUCUCAUGAUCUUGAAAAGGGUAUAGGGGUACAUGUGUAUAGGACAGUGUUUCCUCUGGAAAAAAUUAUACCAGUGGGGGGGGGGGGGGGUUGAAGGGUCCCCCCCCAGAUAAUUUUUAUGUAGAGAAGCUCAGUUCUGGUGACCUUUUAAAACGGACAUUGUACUCGAAAAUGAAUGAAAAUAAAAUGACGCUGACACCAUCUAAAAUAUAAUUUCCACCUCCAAAAAUUAAGCCCUAUAACAUAUUGGUAAAAUUAAUUGUUAAAAUGAUUUUAACAUAUCAAUUAUGCUAUUUGCAAUAAACAUUAUCACCUGUAGCCCAACUGAUGCAGCAUAGCGGCUAUAAAUAAAUAUGCUGAAGCAUGGGGUUGGCUAUCUGCAUUUACCCUAUUGGGCUAAUCAUUAGCUAGAUCCCAAAUGUAAUAUUUUAACUAGUUAGCAUCCUGUUGAUUUAAUUUUAUGUCCCAAAAAACUUGCAUAAACACAGUGAAUAUAAUAUAGGCCUACCAGUUUUGGUAACUUGGGGUAACCCGUCACCCGGGGUAACACGCUCCUUACCUGUACUUCUCACAGAAACAUUUUACAUUUACAUUUUAGUCAUUUUAGCAGACGCUCUUAUCCAGAGCGACUUACAGGAGCAAUUAGGGUUAAGUGCCUUGCUUAAGGGCACAUCGACAGAUUUUUCACCUAGUCGGCUCGGGGAUUAGAACCAGCGACCACUUCAUGUCACAGUUUUUUCCCCCAACACUUUCCCUGGUUGCCACUACUCUUGCUCAACUAAAAAUGUAAUCUGUCUCAUCACAAUUUAAGUCACUCCAAAAAAAUGAUUUUUAGGUAGGGUGGCAUUUUAACACAAGUUACCAUACAAUUUACCCGCACUCUCCCCUACGCACUCACAGGGAAUUGCAGAACAUGCUUAACCAUGACGCUCCUAAAAACUCCAGGCUUAAAAUGGUGCAGUUUGCGCAUAUUUUUUAGUUGAGAAAUAGAUCAAGUAGGAAUGGAAAGCUGGGAACCCCCUCUUUUUAACAAAGGCCAUUAAAACUGCUGUUUUCCCCACGAUUGCAAAAAUGUGUGUGCAUUGACUGCUUGUCAGAAUGCAGGUUUCCCUCCCUAUGGCACUCGUAACUUGAAUGCGCCCUUAGAGGAAUAUUUAUCUCGCAUAGAACGCACAACAAGCAGCCGAUUCAGGUAAAGAUACUAAACAAAAAUAUAAACGCAACAUGCAACCAUUUCAAAGAUUUUACAGAGUUACAGUUCAUAUAAGGAAAUCAUUUAAUUGAAAUAAAUGCAUUAGGCCCUAAUCUAUGUAUUUCACAUGAAUACAGAUAUGCAUCUCUUGGUCAUAGAUACCUUUAAAAAAAGUUAGGGGUGUGGAUCAGAAAAUCAGUCAGUAUCUGGUGUGACCACCAUUUGCCUCAUGCAGCGCGACACGACACAUCUCCUUCGCAUAGAGUUGAUCAGGCUGUUUAUAGUGGCCUGUGGAUUGUUGUCCCACUCCUCUUCAAUGGCUGUGCGAAGUUGCUGGAUAUUGGCGGGAACUGGAACAUGCUGUCGUACACGUCAAUCCAGAACAUCCCAAACAUGCUCAAUGGGUGACAUGUCUGGCGAGAAUGCAGGCCAUGGAAGAACUGGGACAUUUUCAGCUUCCAGGAAUUGUGUACAGAUCCUUGUGACAUGGGGCUGUGCAUUAUCAUGCUGAAACAUGAGGUGAUGGCGACGGAUGAAUGGCACGACAAAGGGCCUCAGCAUCUCAUCACGGUAUCUCUGUGCAUUCAAAUUGUCAUUGCUAAAAUGCAAUUGUGUCCGUUGUCCGUAGCUUAUGCCUGCCCAUACCAUAACCCCACCACCACCAUGGGGCACUCUGUUCACAAUGUUGACAUCAGCAAACUGCUCACCCUCAUGACGACAUACAUGUGGUCUGCGGUUGUGAAGCCGGUUGGACGUACUGCCAAAUUCUCUAAAACGACAUUGGAGACGGCUUAUGGUAGAGAAAUUAACAUUACAUUAUCAGGCAACAGCUCUGGUGGACAUUCCUGCAGUCAGCAUGCUAAAUGCACACUCCCUCAAAACUUGAGACAUCUGUGGCAUUGUGUUGUGACAAAACUGCAUAUUUUAGAGUGGCCAUUUAUUGUCCCCAGCACAAGGUCCACCUGUGUAAUGAUCAUGCCGUUUAAUCUGCUUCUUGAUAUGCCACACCUGUUAGGUGGAUGGAUUAUUUUGGCAAAGGAGAAAUGCUCACUAACAGGGAUGUAAACAAAUGUGUGCAAAAUUUGAGAGAAAUAAGCUUUUUGUGUGUAUGGACGAAUUCUGGGAUCUUUUAUUUUAGCUCAUGGGACCAACACUUGACAUGUUGCGUUUUAUAUUUUUUUCAGUGUAGACAAAUCAGACAACCCCAUAGUAGAAUCGUUUUUCUAUUCAUUACUUGUUUUGUUUUCAGAGGGAAAGUAAAUAUGGACUGUUCUAGCAUCUUCAAAGUGUGCCUCAAAAUACCUAUUGUUUAAUGUUUCAUUUUUUGGGGCAGUGAUGGCAAUGAUUUUGCCGUGGCGCAGCGCCACAGUUAAAUGAGUGCAGCAGAAACAGUGGUAUAGUGUAUGGGCUGGACGUGUAGGAUUGUGGUGCUGAACUAUGUUGAGCCCAAGAGUGUUAUUGUUAGACAAAUUGAAAGCCCAAUUGUGCAGUUUUGUAUUUAGAUUGUAUGUACGUAUGUAUGUGGACAUUCCAUUCUAUUUCUCUCUCCCCUGCAUCUCUCUCUCUCUGUAGAAGGUACAUGAUAUGCUGAAGAAGGGCUGGGAUGCUGAGGGCUCUCCCUUUAAAGGACAACAGUUUGAUCCCUCCUUGUUCGACAUCCCCCCAGCGCCGUUCGACAUCCCCCCAGCGCCGUUCGACAUCCCCCCAGCACCGUUCGACAUUCCCCCCAGCGCCGUACAGAUGUGA